UCGCGCAAUACAGUUUCGGAAACACGUGGGUCUGAAGACCUUCCAAGCUUUUCACUCGGAGAGAGAGAGAGAGGGAGAGAGUGCGGCUCAUACUCCGGCGGUGGUUGCUCGGAAAAUCAGUCUCCGGCGAUGGCGGACCAGAACUCCGAGGAAUGGCUCCCAGCUGGAUGGACGGUGGAGGUCAAAGUUAGAAAAAAUGGCAGAAGAGACAAGUAUUAUUACGAAUCCUCAAGUGGACAUAGAUUUAGUUCCAGGGCAGAGGUAUCUCGCUAUCUUAGCACCUCCAAUACCAGUCAUGAAGACAAACAGAAAAUUGAGGAGACUCUCAAGCGACCUUCAGAUGAUGUUGUAGUUGAGAAGACUGUAGCAGAAGGCCUGCCUCCAGGAUGGAUCAAAGAAAUCCGGAUGACGAAAAAGGCUCGUAAGAUUAGGAGAGACACGCAUUAUAUUGCUCCUGUAAGUGAAAAAGUAUUCCGCUCUCUCAGGGAUGUGCAUCGCUAUCUAGAAAAUGAGGAGCCAGGAAGGUUAAAUAUCAACCCGAGUGGCAGCAGUGAUAAGGAAUUGGAAGAUGAAAAAUCCUCUAAACAGAAAUUAGACAACCCAAGUUUGAACUUCAACGAGACAACAAAGGAUGGAGCGAUACUUAAUUGUUCAUGUAACGGAGAAGGGCCGCCCCUUCCUGAACAUACUUCUGAUCAGAGUGAGGUGGGCACUGAAUUGGGCAGCUUAAAUCCUUCAGAAGCCAAAGGUUCGGAGCAAAAUGAACAAGACGGUGAUUCCACAAAAAGUGAAUGUAUUUCAGCUCCCGCUGGUGGAGACCCACCAGAUAACCAAUGCCUGGAAAGUGGGAUGAUAAAACAUGAAAGAAACCGUUCUGGCCUCUGCAAGUCAAAGAACAAGAAAGAGCUUAUCUUGCCUCGCCGUGCUUCAAAGCGACUAGCUGGAGUUGAAGUUGGUCCAGUUCCAGAACUGAAAACAAGUACUCGAGCCCGUCGAGCUGCAACUGAACAGUCAGGGGAGGGAGCGCGCCAUACAACUGAAGGCCCGUCCCUUCCUGAACACAGUUCUGAUCAGAGUGAGGUGGGCAGCUUAUAUCCUCCAGAAUCCAAAGGUUCAGAGCAAAAAGAACAGGACUGUGAUUCCACAAAAAAUGAAUGUAUUUCAGUUCCUGCAGGUGGAGGCCCGCCAGAUAAGCAAUGCCUGGAAACUGGUCUGAUAAAACAUGAAGGGAAAAAGACCCAUCUCGACCUUUGCAAAUCAAAGAACAAGGUGGAGCUUAUCGUUCCUCGCCGUGCUUCAAUGAGACUGGCUGGAGUUGAAGCUGGUCCAGUUCCAGAAGUGAAACCAAGUACUUCAGCACGUCGAUUUGCUGUUAAACAGUCAGGGGAGGGAGUACGCCAUACAACUGAAGGUUCUUCCCCUGGUAAUUUGCCUACUUGUGCACUCAGGCAGCCUGAUUAUCAUGAGGUUGAGCCAGAAAAGCAUAUUCAAAAUGCGGAACAAGCAAUUAAUGGCGAUGCUAAGCAAAGUUGUGCUUCUGUUUUCCCAUUGGGGAGCCGAAGUAGCCCAGAAGAGCAUGCAGGAAAACUUGAAACCGAUUAUAAGGCUGAAGAGAAGCCAGGACUUGAACCAAACUUACCUCUCGGGGAUUUCUUCACAGAUCCUUGCAUUGCAUUUGCAAUAGAGACUCUCACUGGAAUAGGUUUUGACAAUGCCAGGAGCGAUGGUGACCAUUCAUUAGGAGGACUAACUACACCAAAAGAUCAUCAUGGGGACGUAGACAAUAAGAGCAGUGGGAAGCAGGAAAGCGGCAACCUUUUUAUUCCUGAACACUGGGGGAAAGUUGGAAAGGAUGAUGAUGCUGGACAGAAGUCAGGAUCCCCUACUGAGUUGCCUUUUGGGGGUUCAUGGCCCGAUCCAUGCAUUGAAUUUGCUAUAAAAACUCUCACGGGUGCAAUCCCAUUAGACUACGAUCCGCAUAUUGAGGAGUACUUUCAGCAGCAACUAAGCUCAUCAAAAACUCAAGGAACUAGCGACUUGACCUUGAACAAUGUUGGUCUAGAUAACUUCUGCCAAACGGAUGAUUUGUACGAGCAGUUCUGUCAUGCGGAGGUCCCUGUGCAUAAGAAACAAGCGCUUUCUGAACCUCGACACACCAGGAGUGGAAGUUUACACGGUUCCGGUGGAUCAGAUGUAAACCAAAAGGGGAGGCAGAGACACUGACUUCAACCCUUGUACAGCUCCUAAACACUUUGUACCAACCCCCUUCCACGCCACCCCUAACCUUUUGUACUUCUCUCGUGCUGAUCUUUUAGGAAGAGACCGCCUCGGUGAAGUUUUCUCCUGUCUGCAUCUCUGUAUGUGUAACCCUAGUGUCUGUAACUUUAGUACGAAGUAUUGAAGCUAUUUUUUUCGUUGCA